GGAGGAAAAGGCGAUAGAGUGAGAGGAGGGCUGAAGGAGAAGGAGAAAGAUACGGCCGCCGAAAUAUUUCUGAAAACGUUCGGUAUACAGAAUGGAAAGGGAAGCUGAAUAAACGAAUACCGUUAAGCGUUUCUCGUCGGCGUUGCUCAUCGUGGAUAGAAAUAAGAUACACAAACACGCGAAUGCGUAUUUUGUAAAGCCAAACGACUCUGAACGGACACUGAACUACUAAUUUAAAUAAAAUUUUAGCCGAAACGGUUAAAAACAGAUUGCAACGUUUUGAAACGGUAAAACAUAUACAUGUAAGUGCGUUACAGUUAAUCGUCAUAAAUAAUCCGUAUUAUCGUUCAAGUCUGACGAACGUUUAAAAAAUGCGAUGCUAUUACUCGAUGCUAUAUCGAUUAAUUCGGUUCAUGAAAAUUUUGCUCCGUAUAACGGUUCCUUUCGUGCCUCACCGUUUCAACCGGCUAUCUAAUAUUCUUCUCUGAUUCGUAUUUUAUUUACCCACGUUUAUCCAUGUAAUUUACGAUUUACACUGGUUCUCGAACCUUGUAUCAUUCAUUCCCUUUUCACCUUUCUUCGUGUCAUUCGUGCGCACUUGUAUACAGAUCCAUAGAAAUACGCGCACGGUUAUAAAUAUAAUUACCAAAUAUUAAUAUAUUAUUAAUAAACAGAUGUAGUUAAAAGAGUAUUAAGUAUACGGAAUAAAGUGCGCCGACCCAUCGAUAUUGCGGCUUUCCAACUUCAUUAUUUCUUCGCCUUUUCGUUCAAAGAACACGUACCCCCUCUCUCUUUCGUAACGCUGUUCUUUCUUAGUCCGAUGCACUCGUCCCUAGCGCAAGGAUUCGAGAACAGUGGAAGAGGCAGUACGCGCUCGUUCGAGCUUCGGGAGACAGUAGAAGCGACAGGUGGCACGAGAAGAACUACCGAUCGGCGCGCGCUAUCAGAAAAUACGAAAAAAACAUAAAAAAUCAAAGAAAGAAAACGUAAGAAGACAGAGAUAGAGAGAAAGAGAGAGGAGAGAUAGAGGCAAAGAUAGCAACGGAAGGAAGAAAGCGAAAAGAAUACAUCAUACAUCGUUGGAAAAAGCAGCAAAGUAUCGGUAGCACUUAUUUAGUACUAUAGAUAAUUCGAUGGUGUCAGCGAGAAUUAGCAAACAGAAUAAACGUUAGCGAAAGGAAACGGCAAUCAGGGAAUACAAGAGUGGCGAGAAGAAAAUACGAGUACGCGUGUCAGCAUAAAUAACGUUAAUUUCGGGGAAUAGACGCGCGUUUCUUCUUUUCCAUCGAUGCAUUCGAAGAUCGAAAGAUAAUCGAACACCGAAAGAAACUUCAAAAGCAUGUCAUCGACACGCUUUUCCACAACUUUAACGACGCUCGUGUUAUGGGUGUGUAUAGGUUUUGGUACGGGCUGGCCACUCUCGGAAAACACAACCGCUACUCCAAUGCCAAUGAAAUUUCUUCAAUCUAGCAUGGUUACACCGGAUUCGAUCGCUAAAAAAUCCAACGAUCGGAAAAAUGAAAUCGUUCGCCACGGCGCCGACGACAAGGAAUCGUCGAGUCCGUUCGGAGUUAACGCGCAUCGAUUGCCUCCUUCUCCGGCUAAUCUGUUGAAACCAGAUAGAUUUCAAUUCUACACGUACAACGAGAAAGGCGACAUGAUCACGAAACAGAUGACUAUGCAGGAAAUUCAGGCGUUAAUCGCGGGAGGUGGUCCAGAUCAUUCGAACGCCGAAGUUCAAGAACCCCAAAAGGUCGAAGACAUCCUGACUGGAGGAAAGAAGGUAAUGGACGUUGUAGAAAAGGUGCAAAGCGUACUGAAAAGUGCGAUGGAUAAGCCCGUAGCCGCGUUAACGGGUUCAUUCCCGACAGUUCCAGAAAAAGCGAACGUCGAGUGGAGCAAUAUUUUACCCGCUAUAUUAGCCGGUGACAAAUACGGAGACAAGCCCGAUGAGAGUCAUUACGUCGACGAAUCAACGCGAAAACCAAAGCCGAAACCGAAACCAAAGCCGAACCCGACAUGGACGCCGAUAACGACGUUGACGUCUACGGUCGCGACUGUUCACGAUCUGAAUUCCCUUUCGGAAUCGGACGAGUCAAACACGCCGAGAAUCGAGACCGUUCCGUCGGAGAGUAGCGUCGAGUUUGCGGUGCGAAACGAAACGACGAUCGGACAAACCGGUAAAGAACCAACACCGGCAAUUUUCUCAACGAUCGCAUCGCAAACUGCCACAGUUUCAUCCACGGAAAAGUUAAUGAUUCCUGUGGCGGUUAUCACGGCAGAACAACACGCUCAAAUGGGCCAACGAAUCACUCAAAGUCCUGUUUUUCAAAAGAUCACGGAAAUCGCUGUGGUGCCGUUGGAAAAUAUGUUGGACGAGAAUUACGAUUACAAAGAAAACGAUCGUCACGCGGCGGCGACGAUGACACGCGAAAAUACGACGAUGUCGACGUCGAUAACGAUCACGACGACCGACGCGUCUCCUUCCUCAUUAGACUCGGCAUCGAAAGACGGUACCGACAACGUCGUGGAUCUUGCAACGAGUUUAUCGAUGGAUUCGAAGAACGUAUCUUGGAACGAUCCGCUAACGAUAGUAUCGAAAAUAAAACCCCUUGCGGACAUAGCGACGACGACGACGACGACGACGACGACCAGAACCAAAGUUCGACCGACUCUCGACGAUGAUUUAAAAACUAAUUUACCAUUAAUACCGUUACCGGAAUCGACCAAAGUCGAAACUGUUGUUACCGACAAACCGUUGACAACCUUACUUUCCUAUCCUCUCGCGUCGAUUACCACGACUAUUAACAGACUGGUCACACCUUUACCAACGGAAUCGGUAACGAGUAUACGUGACUUGCCGCCGCCCUCGACAAACCCAACAGGUUAUUUAGAUUCGACUCAACCACCAAAACCGUUAUCAAUGGAAUUAGCGAAUUCGUUAUCUAGCAUGAUCAAUCAGGUUUCCGAAACCCUUUCUCCUGUUUUACCUAUUUCUUCUGGAUUCGAUUCGGCGGUCAAUUCUCAAUACGACGACGACGACGGAACCAACGAAAACGAGAAGAAUCCUACCAAUAUUACAAAAGUGUUCACGCAUACAGCUCCGACAAACGAUAGCGGUAAAUUUUCAACGAUGCAGACAACGAUACGAUCGAGCGAAGAACAGACUUUCUCAACUACACCUUCAGCAUCGUUAUCAUCGAACACUGUCAAUCUCACGAAGGAGACCAAUCACCUCGAUACGUUAACGGAAUCGAAUGAUACUCGGUUCGAAUUGGAUUCAACGACGAAAGCGACCACGAUCGGUGUGGACGAAAUAGUAAACAGCAGUAUAAACUACUUUAUGGGUUCCACGGUAACUUCGGAUCGAAAUUAUCCGUCGAACGUUACCGUCGAAGAAAAUAUCGAAGAAACGGUAACCACGAGUUCUCUCGAUUCAUCAAAAACUAGCUUAGAUUACUGGUCAAUGAUCAAGUUUGAAGACUCAAAUGCGAACAUCAACCGAUCGAAACCAACAGCCAUCAUCGACGAUAUACUGGCAACUCUUUCAACCGAGGUAAACACACCCGUUACCGAAACGAUAACGUUACCGAACAUUUUACCGAAAAAUUCAUCCAUAAACACUUUAGCAAGCGGACUGAUCGCCGGUUUCGAAUCACACGAUUCGAACACGAUAACGCUUACGACCAAUUCUCCAUUGAAUUUGAACGUAUAUUCUAUUAUGCCGAGUGCAGAAACUUCAUCGGAUGCAGCGGCUGAAACAACGGAGAAAUACGCGACUACCAUCGAAUACGCGGUAAAGGAAACCGAGUUGCCGGUGGAUUCGUCGGCGAACACAAGGAUUAAUGCGGCAAUCAUCGAGAUCAGUACAAAAAGUGUCGGUACCGACGAAAACGAAGUUUCCGCGGCGAUAAAUAGGCGGCAAGAGUACCCUCCGUUGAUUACUUCCAGCGGCGAAACGGACACGUUGCUAACCAAUUCGAUCAGUUUGAAUACGGUAAACGUCGUUACCGCGAUCGACUCGUUCGAUUCGUCGACGUCAAGUUUGCAAAACAUUCUUAAAACAGAUCAGAUCGAAACCACCGCCUCGACAAUAAUUGUAGGUGCCGAAACGACAUUUUCGGAACCAUUGAAAACGUCGAGCAAACCUACAGAUGAAAUCGUGGAAACGAACUCUAACGAAAGUAGUCUUUCCUUCGAUACGAAAGAACGGCCGUUACAUGUAGAACCGACAACGGAACGACAGGUAGACUCGAUCUCGCAGUCCAGUUUAAAGAGUAACGCAAUUUCCACAGAUUUACUGUCGAAAGAGACGUCGGACCGGCUUAAGAACGAAACGACCAUCGUCGGUGAAAAUUCGAACGUCAUCGACGCGAUGACAGUCGUUACGAACAGCACGAAAUCGAUACACGACGUUGUCAGGAAACCGACGACAACGAUCGGUUCGUCGAACGCGGCGAAACACGAAGACGAUUACAGUUCUCAUAGUGCAGAUACGAUCAUCGAACAGUCCGAUCACAACGAAUUGUCGAUCAUUGCCGCAAUUAACGCGUCCGAUUCGAUGAAAUCGAACGGUACAAAGGGAGAAACGAAAGAAUCGAACGAAUCGAUGGAGAUCGUUUCGAAGGAUUCAGUGGGCACGCAAUCAUUGAACGAUACCGAAAAAUCGCAAGAAACAAACGACAAGAUUCAUUCGGACAAUUGGCUUUCGAGUAACUCUAACAAAAGCACCGGCAUCGAUUCCGAGCACAUGUGGCAACUAAUAUCGUUACAUCAGACAACUCCAAUUUCUUCUUCUUUCGCUUCAUCUUCUCAUUCUUCUUCUCCUCUUCCUCUUCCUUCGACUUCCUCAUCGACGAAAGAUCGGAGUGCAACAACGAAGAAACCAGAGACGGAAUCGUCGAAAUACAAAGUGUCAGGAACAACAGCAUCGACGGUGGCGUUGAACGCAUCGAAGAUCGUCGGUGGAUUGGAUGGAAGUACGAAAAACGCGAGUGCCGAUAUCGUCAACUUCUCGAGACUUUGCAACGAAUUGGCGUUUAAAUUUUGGACAGCCGCGAACGAAGGAUUAAGCACCGGUAGAUCUUUGGUCGUAUCUCCAUUCGGUAUGAUCAGUUUAUUAGCAAUGAUAUUUCUCGGUGCCCGGGGAUCAACGUCCGACCAAAUGAACGAAGUACUCGGAUUGGAUAACGUGGCCACGUUUAAUCCCCAUUUAAUAUUUCAAAACGUUACGGAUACGGUGAGUUUAGCACGAAAUCAGGGUAUCGCGAACGCGGCGUUCGUUCGAGAAUUGUUCGCGGACAAAGCGAAAGUUAGGAAGUUGUUGCCGUUCUACAAAGAACAAGCGCAACAGUUUUACGAAGGAUUAGUAGCCGAAGUUAACUUCGCUACCAUCAGUGAUCUCGCACGUCGACGAACUAAUUUGCUGAUUAGAAAGCAAACCGGUGGGCGAAUAAAGGAUUUCGUAAAAAAUAACGCGAUUCCAUUACGAUCCCCUCUUGCCGCGAUAUCGGCCAACGUGUUCCAAACGGAUUGCAAUAGCAGUCUGGUGAGCGCAACUGGUCGGGACGGAGAACUAUAUUUCGCAGUAUCGUCCUCGUCGUCGCCGUCGUCGUCGAUACACAGAUUAAGAAAAUUAAUUCCAGUGCCGGCCACCGUAUGGCGAUCGAACGUAUUGGCCGGUUACGAACCGAAUUUGGAUGCCACCGCGAUCGCGAUCGGCGGUAUUGGUCAAAUCGUUUCGACGAUAUUCCUUUUGCCCGGUCAACAAGGUCACGUCGCUCCGGGGGAUACGUUGGAUCGUCUGGAAGAAAGGCUGACGAAAGGAGCUUUUCGAGACGGUACUUGGAAGAAGCUCCUGAAAGUUCUCAUACCGAGGACCGGUCUCGAAUUGCAAAUCCCGAAAUUCACGCAUCGAUCGGUGGUUAACGCUACUGCCGCCUUAAAAAGAAUGGCACUGGAUCAAUUGUUCUCGAGUCAUGCCGAUUUUAAAGGUAUCAACGGAAUUGGAAAUCGUCUCUUCUUGUCCGACGUUUUACAGAUGAAUCUGUUCGGUACGUGCGGCGACGAAAACAUCGCGAACGGACGACAUCACGUGGAAAUUUAUCCAGCGAGUCCAUCCUUACGAAACGUCGAAGACGAACGAUCGUCGAACGAGCAGCAACCUACGGUACCUGCGGAUUGGGAAACGGUGCGGAGGCAGCAGCAAGUCUCUUGGAGAAACGAUCGUACGGUAUCGAGUGAAUCUACAAGUACGAUAAACGGUGAAAACUCGAAAGACAAGCCGAGACUGAAGUUGGAUCAACCGUUCCUCUACUUUGUACGACAUAAUCCGACAGGACUGAUACUUCACAUGGGUCGUUUUAACCCACGACUGCUGUAGAUUUCCACCGUGAUAUUAUCACGUGCGAAAGCAAUGCGAGACAUUGUUCGACAACGACACGACUGGAACGACGCAUGAAUUUUAAUCGUCGGUUAUAUUUAUGCGUGGAAGACACGCGUUAGAUCAAGCUACGCGUUGAUUAGCAUGUUAUUGCUAUAAUUAUUAUUAUUAUUAUUGUCACUACUAUAAUUAUUCUUAGUAUUAAUAUUGUCAUUAACAUCAUCGUUAUCAUUGCCAUUAUUUUCGAAAGCGGAACAACUUUCCCACAAUAUGUCAUCGACAAGCGAUUAUUAUCGAAUCAUGUACCGUAAUACAUUCUUAUUCAGAAGGACUAAUCUGUAGCCACGAUAUAGUUAAAACGACGCAGAAAGAAGUAAAGUAUGGGAGUAAUCAUUCCCCGAUUAUAAAA